UGAUUCACCAGCAGUGUUAAGAGGCCCAGUUGUAAACUAGGCUUCCCUCUCCACAGGAAAGCUCUCUCUAUGGCUGUCUACAGCUGGUAACCUGGUCAGGGGUCCAUCAUCAUUCACUACACACAGUAGAGGUGCAAUUUACCACAGGACCUCUUCUGCCCUGUACAGUGUACUCUACACUUAAAGUGGAUCAUACCUUCCAAGAGGUGGAAGGUUGUGAAAGGAAAGUGAACGUCUUACAUUCCUUCAGAUACAAGGAAAUUCCUUACCUUCUUGUGAGCGACACUGAUAUUCACCUUAGGUUUCAGGUGUUCUAAUCUCCUGAAGUCUAUACCUGUGUACAAUUCAAGGUGAAUUUACCCUUUGGGCUGUGGCUGUGACAUUGACUUAAUGUGCACUGGACUGUAGAUGUAAGUCUGUGGCCAUAGUUUAGUGCCAGUUGGCAAAGGUUUGGUUUUUGAGGAACCCUGUAUUGUUAAUCUGCAAGCAGGACUUCUGGCCAGAAGGAGUGUGGUUUGUCUGUGUGGUGGUUAGAGCUGUAAAGAAUGGCAUGCAAUUGUAUUUGUUAAAACAAGCGGGACUGUGAAAGUCAGACCAGCAUUGAGCAGCUUGAACCCCUCAGUUGUGCCACCUGGUGAGAGAAGUUGACCAGCCCAGCCUAAAAAUGAUUCCCAAACUUCUCACAAUGCACCAUAUCUAGUGGAUCUCCACUCCCAGCUAUUCCCUUCCCCAAACCAUUUUCGGACUGUCGCCACUUGGAACCAUUUUCUAAGAGGGUGAGGCAAAUUUUUCGUUCCCAUUGAGAGACUCUGUUGUUGUUGUUACCUUGCAAGUAUCCGCAAUAAUGGAGACGGUAAACAUGGAGAAUACUUUUACUCCACUACGCCCUAAACGCACGAGCCCCUGUUUCGACUACAGUGAAGGGGAUGUGGCUGUGGGCGGGUGUAAAACUCCGGGGGAAGGGAAAGGCACGGGAGGUUGGAGCCUGACGAUGGAUAAUGGCCCGGACUCUCCCACCACUGCUAAACGACGACGCAUGGAGCUAUGGGGCUUCUGUACACCAAGCACUGUAAGCAGUUGCUCUGGCUCCCCGUCAAGGGGAACAACUCCAGACACGACUCUCGACGACAGCAUGCUGAGCACGCCCAGCGAAUCCCCAGCUGGUACCUUAACUAGAGAAGAUCGACGAGAUUUCAAAAAGCGCUACAAAAAGGAUGAACUGUGGCCGGCUAUAGAGUCGAACUACCAGUAUCUGAUGGAUGACGAAAUCAUCGAAACCUGCAAGUCCACUGAGAGUGACCUGUCGUGGGAUGAAGACGAUGUAACAGUCAACACCAAGGUGUCCUUCACAGAGUUCAUGCAGCAGUUCAAGGAGCUCACUGAUUGGCUGAGCCAGAUUCACCUGGUUUCGCAGAGGAAAGCUACUAGUCGAUCUGAGAAAUACCUCAAUCAGGCUUACCAUGAAGAGUUGCUGCAAAGUUCCCCUCGUCGCAAGCUGUUUAACGAUUAUGCAAAGCAGCUGUUGAAGCGUUACCCAAGUCUCAAGGAGGAGAUUAAUCAGCGUAUCCAACAUCUCAACGGACACUGGCAGACGCUGCAAAAGGUUGUCCUUCCACAGAACGGCUUUCAGGACGCCAAAACAAUGCUGAGUGAUCUGGAGCUGGACCUUCACUGCAUUCGAAGCUGGCUGACCGGUGUAGAGGGCAAACUGUUACCUCUGUCUAUCAGAUCUAACUGGACAGUCAUAGACAUAGAGGCCAAGCUAAAAGAACAUCUGGUUCUUCAGAGAGAAAUUGAGUCUCAGUCGAAAGUGAUAUCAGCCGUUCUGAAACUCAGUGAACGUUUGCAGAGUGAUGAUCAUGUGGAGUUAGACGGUGAAUUGCGCAGUUUGAGGGAGCGCCAUCAGAGGACUGCAGUGAAGUUAGAGCGACGCUGGCACAACGUCUGGUUGAGCUCUCUGGAGUGGCAGUGCAGAUUGGAGGAAGCUCUUGCACAAAUCAAGGAAUUUGGGAAGAAGCCUUUGCACAACUCGGAUCCAUCUCUGUGGCUUAACUUUGAGAACUCCACUUCUUUCACGGAAGGUUUCAGCAGCGGUGAUGAGGUAGAGCUGCCCAAAAAUGACGAGGAUGAGCGUGUGACUGGAGAGAGUGAUCCUAGUGACACCUGUGUGGGAGUCUGCGAAUCGUCUGAUGAACCCAACUCUUCCGACGUCAUCCCGUUUUAUGAUGAAGAAUACGAGAAGAUCUGCGAUGUAGAGCAGCCGACAGACGAGGACAGAGAGGUGCAGCUGCUGUCUGAGGAAAUGCACGAGAGAAACCAUAGCUCUAAGCUAACUGCUCUAAACAAGUCUGACGCAAAUCUCAUCGAGUUUAAAUCUGAAAUGAUGGACAUCUUGGAUGAGAGAUGUUCAACCCACUUCAUCAACAAGCCAAAGAAGAGAAAAUCUGAAAGUCGUGACAUUGGUUACUCCAGCGAGGGCUACUCCAAUGAUGAACAACUGGAUCCAUAUGAUCUGCGUAAAAUCUGCUGGCAACGUGCGCCAUCUUGGAAUGGUUUGGAGCUACAUGGCAAACAGGUUGUAGGUGACCACAAACCAGGAGAGUUGGUCUCCAUGGAUACUGUUGUCAUCCGUAGGAGACCGGCCUCACUCCCGCUGGACUCCAGCCUACAUGCCUUGACCUCUGACCUUUCAUCUGCCAAUAAAGAAUCGCCAUGGAGACAUUCUAUCACAAGUGCCUACGAUACAAGUUCUAACUGUGGGAGCGACCCUGAAGCUCUGAUCAUCAGUGAGGAUGUUGUCACCUCAGAUGCAAAAAGUUCAAACUGUGAGGCCAUUCUCAACUCUCCAACUGCGGAUUAUUACAAAAUGAUUACCGUUGAUACAGAUUUCUCUACAGACAGGAAUGAUACCGACGAGCAGUUGUCAAGCACAGACCAUGGCAACAGUCCAAAACAGCAUCCAGAAAAUCCAUCCACAGUUGUCAAGAUUCCAGAAGCGGUGCUUACUGAUUCUGCAUACCAGGAAUAUUCUUCUCUGAACAACUUUAUUAACAAUACUUACUUAGGCAGCAUUUCUGAAAUCGUCCAAUCAUCAAAUUCUGUCCAUCCUGGAAGGGGCCAAAAGGUAUCAUCGGAGUAUGGGGCAGAAGACGUUGAAGCAGGAAUGGUUGUGAGUGGCUUUGUGCCAGAUACUGAAACACCAACCUGUCACUUCAUACAGGAAGACCAUCCAGGAGAAAAUGAGUUUUUAGGGCUCGGUGUGUCAGACUGGAAGACUGGAUCACACGGUAGGGCACGGAAACCAUGGAGUACCACAAAGUUGAAUGUUGGAGCAGCUAACUCUGUCCCUGACACGGACACCUCGUCUCCACGUUCUGGCACGGACUCUUUGGUGGAGAGCAGUUGUGAGGCUAGUGGAGAAGAGACCAGCGAUGACGAGGAUUCUGAUGAAUUUUCCACAGCCAGUGAUGAUGACCACAGAUGUUCUAGUGCCUUCGCCAGCUUUGGUACACUUGUGGGUUCAGAUAGAAACCUCACUGACAGACCUGAUCCCAUUUCCUAUAGUGCUAAUCAUAGCGGGAUCCCGCGUAGUGCCAGUGCUUACAGUAACUAUGAUAAGAUGUCUUCACGAACACGAGUGAAAAGUCGCAGGUCCAGGCGAGAGAGACCCUGGAGCAUUGUUGCGUUGUCAGAUUUGAAGAAGCAAAUGAACUCACAGGAAAAGCCAAUGUUUAAAUCAGAAAGUGCCAUUGAUUCCAUGUCUACCCAACAUAGUGAGAUAUACACAUCAACACCCAAGGCAAAUCAAAGUGAAAGCUCUUCUCCAGACCAAAUAUCAAAACCAUUUGCUACUUUCCCUCGUGAUAAGUCACGGCUACACAGACCACGUUACAUGAGAAGGACAAAAUCCAUGGAAGACCCUGAAAAUAAAGCCAAAUGUUCUGGCAGUAUGUCAAAGCGAAAGUUGUCUUACGAGAAAAGUGCUAACCCAGAGAGCAUUGACUCUGACAUGUCCAUCAGUGAUCAGUGCCAGAUUUCCAUCCUCAUAUCCUCACCAGAAAUGAACCGUAGUUAUGCCUCAGAAGACUUGGUGAGCUCCAUGUCGCUGAUCAGAGACUUAGAACACACCAUGAUCUACUCCACGACCAGCAGUGGGUCAGACACAGACUUGGCAGCCUACGUGACUCCCAAACAGUCUAUGUCAGAGUCAGGAUCUGAGAGUGAUGAGCAAGUGAACAGUACAGGUUCUUUCUCGGAGACAGCCUGGGAUAAUUACCAGGAUCCCCUUUACCCUACGGCAAGUGAGGCCCCCACUGAGGAACCUCUCCACUGGGAACCUCAGGAUGAACUGGAGUUUGAGGAGGAAGAGUUCCGUAUGGAGGAUGGAAUCAAACUUAGUGCUGAGGUGAUAGCUGAACGCUCUGACAAGCUGCGCUCCAAGGAGAGGAAGAGCUCUGCGUACCUGCAGGAGGAGGACAGUGACUCUGAUCUGGAGGACCUCCAUCAUGUCAUCCAGCAGUCUGUAGAACAACUCCAUGUUACCGACAGCUCUCUCAAGAAACGGCGAUCUGACCCCAUGGGAACAGGCAUCAGUCUGGACCCAUCCAAAUAUGCUGAACAUGUGCUGACCUGUGAAACAAACCUGAAGUGUUUGGAAGAGGUUUUGGAUCUGCCGUUAUUUCUGGUCACGAGGCCCAUCAGAUUGAAGUGUUGAUGCAGCAGUGGACACAAUUAUAUGGCUUUGCCAAUAAUCGCUUCCAGGCAGUCACAGCAGCUCUGUAAGACCUAUGGUGACCUGACAAAGGUCAAGGCUACCGUGUCAGAGGUUGUGAAGGACAUGAUCACAGGGUCAUUUGAUGAGGUCAUUCAGUUGGAAGCAGCCUCCAAACAGCUACAGUUAAAGAUAGAAGGGUUGUGUAGAGAGUUGGAUCACAUGGGUACUGUGAAAGACUCUGUAGCUCUGUUCAGUCAGCAACACCCAGCCGUGCCUAUGGACCAGGUUAAGGCCAAAUCUACUCACAGUAGCAACCUCCUGGAAAAAAACGGCAAAGAGAUGUCAGGGUCGUUUAAAGGAGCUGGAAGGUUUACUGCUCAAGUGGCGAGACUUCCAGGAGACUAGUAAGGAACUGUCCAUUACUCUGAGUAAGGAACGGAAACAGCUGCAGCUGAUAGAGUUCCAGCAAUCUCUGCAUCUGG